AACUAUACUUAAAGUGUGGUCUUGAAAUUAAAAACUAGAAAUUUAAACUUACUACUGUGUGAUUCAGAUUGAAACAGAAAAAUGUAUGACUGUAUCUGUCAAUAUCUAUAUUUAUCAAGAAAAAUUUAGCUUCAACAUUUUUAUGCUAUUUUAAAAUGUAGGUACAAUAAAUAUCUUCUUUUUCACCAUGUUGGAGAAUAACUGUAAAUAUUUAUUUUUAAGAUUUUACUAGUCUAUCUUCAUAAUGAUAUUCUACAAAUGUUUACAACAGCUACUAUUUUUUGUACUAGAGAGAGCUUAAUAGAAAGGAAUGAUACUCUUUAAGGAGUAGUUUACUGUCUAAGUAGGUUCACUCGGACACUUGAAAAGAGCUGAUAAUUUAUAACAAUAUAAUUAAUAUAGGUAGAAGGAUAUACUAACAAUAUGUUGAUGACACUGGUGGAAUACAUUUACAGUCACAUUGUUUAGUUUAGAUUUUUUUUAAAUUUAAUAGUGAAUUAAAUGUUAUUGAGGCUUAAAUAAAACCAUUUAAAAAAAUCAUAUAAGUAAUAUAAUCAUUAAACUGUAAAGGAAAAUAUAAAACUGGAUUUCCAUCUAACUAGCCUAUGUGCAUAAGUUAUUUCUUGACGUGACCAUGGUGGCAGAUAUUUUUGCAUAAUGUCUCUUACAAUUAAAAGACAUUGAUGUCAAGACAAUAAUAAUACUUAAUCUUAUAGAUUGAGGUAAGAAACAUAGGUCAAACUAAGAUAAUGGAAAAUGUCAUGAUUCAGUAACAAAUUCUGAACCAACCCCAUUGAAGAUAAACAAGAUAAGGCCUUCGAAUUCCCCAGUAACCCUCAUAUUUUUGGUUCUCAUAUGAUUUGUCUCCAACUCUACAAGAAACAAAUUACUUCCCCUUGAAAAUUAUUCUCAUAAAAUGCCUUUUGUAUUUGUUAAAGUACUUCAUUUUUUAGUUCAUCAGGGUCACUAUCAUCUAGUACUAUUGAAACCUAGUUUGGCUCAAAACUUCACCCUCUCUCUUGGGGCUCUGUCCCUUAAAUAUUGAGUUUUCAAAGCAACUAGUGAGCGAAUUGAGUGAAAGCAUAAUAUAAGCCCCAGGACCGCCGCCUAAAUGGGAAGGCAUGCUGAGAGCUGUCAACGAUAUUGAGGUUUGCCCUCAAGUAAGCAUCGUGACGGGCUCGGUGGUGGGCUCGGAGGAUUGUCUUAAACUCAACGUCUACGUGCCAGCGAAGACGGUGGUGCGUCCGCGCGCCGUCAUGGUAUUUAUACAUGGUGGAGCUUUUAUCGUCGGAAGCGGUGGUCGGUUUAUUUAUGGCCCGGAGUUUCUCAUGAAAAAAGACGUAAUUCUCGUCACGUUUAACUAUAGACUCGGCGCUCUGGGAUUCACAUGCCUCGGUUUAAAAGAGGCUCCCGGUAAUGCCGGCUUAAAGGAUCAAAUAGCCGCUCUGAAAUGGGUUCGAGAUAAUAUUAGUGCAUUCGGUGGUGAUCCGGACAACGUGACAGUGUUCGGAGAAAGCGCGGGUGCCACUUCCGCUUCUCUUCUGAUGGCGAGUAACGCUGCCUCCGGCCUUUUCAAACGCGCUAUCCUGCAGAGCGGUAGUGCGAUAUCGAACUGGGCUAUCAAUCGGGAACCUGUUCGGGUGGCGAGCCUCGUCGCCUCCAAAUUAGGCUUUCAUUCAGAGGACCCACACGAACUCUACGAAUUUUUAAACAAAACUGAUUAUCGGGAUUUGGUUCCAGUUAUGCAUGGUAAACCUGAAGAACUGUUUUUCGAGACUCAAUUACUCCAUUUGCCCUGCGUCGAGGAAAUAAUCCCAGGGGAGAUGUCGGUGAUCACAGAUCUGCCUUGGAAUUUAAUUAUUAAUAAAAAAAAUCGCGUUCCGGUCGUAUACGGCACUAACUCACGAGAGGGAAUGUUCCUGACUGCUGAGGUGGAUGGCUCUGUUGAGGGAAGGAACGGUAAAUACAUCGUUGCAAGUGACCUAAGUUUCUCCAGCGUAGAGGAGGGCAUGCGCGUAUCCCGCGCCGCGCAAGACUAUUAUUUCGGCUCCGAUCGUAUUUCUAUCGAAAGAAUUAAUAAUAUUACAGAUCUAUAUACGCAUUUAUAUUUCGAAGUUCCUUCUAUUCUGGAGUCAGAGCUUCUGCUAAACGCAAGCAGUGAGCCAGUUUUCAACUAUAUAUUUGAUUACUCUGGCGAGCGUAACCUGCUAAAGUUUCGCUCGUCGCGAAGUGGCGGAGGUGAGAAGGGCGCAUGUCAUGGGGACGAGCUUUUCUAUCUGUUUGAUGCUGCCGUGCUGCCCUUUCGUCUGAGCGACGCCGACCGUGCUAUGGUAGACUUCCUUACCUCCCUUUGGUCUAAUUUCGCGAAAUACGGGAAUCCGAGUCCGGCAAAGCAACCUAGUCUAGUCCAUUGGGAGCCAAGCCAUACGGGACAAUUACGGUUUUUGCAUAUCGGGCAAGUGAGCCACAUGGGUGCAAUGCCAAACCCCAGUGCCUAUCGCCUCUGGAGAGACAUUUACCUCAGAUAUCGUAAAACUUACUACAAACAACCAUCAAUACUACAGCCAAGCUAAGUGCUAGCUAGUUUGACUAAAGUUUUGUGCUUGUAAUAUAUAGUAUUAGAUAAGCUUC